AACGUUGUGUGUGUAUAUGUAUUUGUAAAUAUUAUAUAGUAUAUUUUAUUUUUUUGGAUUCCACUCCGCGAAGCAUACUCUCCGUGCAGCGAUGGAACUUGGAGCAUCUUUGUUGUAUCUCGAUCCAAUCGAAGGUUAAAGGCUACCUUAAAAUUUCUGCUACAACAAACCGAAGGAUGGCUUUGUAUUUCUCUGCCUUCCAGUAGGGAAAUCUCCUUAUGCACUUUCGAGUGCUCAUUAUAGUAUAUCCUGAAAUAGGAAUUUUUAUUUGGAGAUGAUUACGCACGAGCAAGAUCCCGAUGUUGUUCGAUGGGGCCUUGAACUCUUUGACGGAAAUCCAUUUUCUGAUUACGGGUAUUGUGGGAACAUUCAUGAUGAGAUACAAUACUAUCAAGGACAAUGCCUUGAUGUAGAUAAUUAUGACAAGGCAUGCACCAUAGAAAAUAAUGAGCUUAUUGCUCAAACUCUCCAAGAACUCUCACAGCUUGCAGUCGCGGAGCCAGUAUCUUUUGAUCAAGGAACAGAAAACUUACAACUUUCCACCUAUCCACAAGAGUGGUUUAGUCUGUCCAUUAAUGCCUGUGGUUCCGAGCACAAUAAUGAUCUGGAAGAGGAAGAUUAUAGUUCAUGUACUAUGCCUGACGGGACAUCCUACAGUGGGGAUGACUGGUCAUACUCUUUAGAGCUGACUGAUGAGUAUACCCUUGAUGGAGAAAUGGGAAAAAGAUUGAAUCAGAUGAUCUCAAUUCCUCACAUUCCAAGAAUUAAUGGAGAAAUUCCUUCUGUUGAUGAAGAAGCUUUAGAUCAUCAAAGGCUAUUGGACAGACUGCAGCUAUAUUAUUUGAUCGAGUUAAAAGUGCAAGGAGAUGGUAACUGCCAGUUUCGUGCUCUGUCGGAUCAAAUUUAUCGAACAUCUGAGCACCAUAAAUUUGUGAGGGAGCAAGUUGUUAAUCAGCUAAAGUCAUAUCCAGAGAUAUAUGAAGGAUAUGUUCCCAUGGCCUAUACUGACUAUCUGGAGAAAAUAUCCAAGAGUGGGGAAUGGGGUGAUCAUGUCACAUUGCAGGCUGCCGCCGAUACGUAUGGUGUUAAAAUUUUCAUGAUUACAUCAUUCAAAGAUACCUGCUACAUUGAGAUCCUUCCUAAUAUUGAAAGGUCCAAAAGAGUUAUUUGCUUGAGCUUUUGGGCUGAAGUGCACUAUAACUCAAUAUAUCCCGAAGGAGAUGGUCUUCAUCAAAACUGGUGGGCUUGAUGAGGUCUUAAUGCCGUUUCUAUCCCAACGAAUUUGUCUUCCCUAAUUGUAUUUGUUAACUCUUAAGAUUAUAUCUGUAUGGAAAUUUGACUCUUUCUCGUGUACGACACUGUUUGUAAAGCCAAUAGAACUUUGUGCAUUAUGUGGUUUUCUCCAGAUGUACCCAUGUUUGAGACGAGGAACAAUAGAUGGUGGAUGCUUCAAAACGAGCAUCUGGAAUGACGGCACACAGCAAUUUUUCAGAUAUUACUAAUAACAGUCUUCACUAAGUUGUAUGGACAUUUCUCUCCUAAUUGGAUCCAUAAGAGUGUUAUAAGGAUGAUAUCAUUGAAAAAAAUCAUAAAGAACAUGGUAUAUCGAAAAGAAUAAGGAUAAUACCAUAACUAGCAGUUUUUGCUUGCACCUUGAGACUCUAAUGUACUAGUUAGCAUUCAAGACGAAUGUGGCUUCAACAUACAGUCGUAGACGAAGAUGGAAGAAGUUAUGGAACAAGUUCUUGGUAAAUUUGCAAGUGUUGUAAGGCCAUAUAAGGACAGGCAAGCAAUUAUAUGAUUUUGGACGGUUAGGCAUCGACCAAAAUGGCUCCGCUGCCUAUAAAUUGAAUUCUCUUCCUUUUUUAACAAAGAACAUAACAAGUUUUCUUUCA